AUGAUUGAUCAAUAUCUUGUCGGAAUCAUCCAGGUUCCACUCUCGUCAAUUAGGACAGAGCGGGAGGUGGGACGAGAUGAGGAUCAAAAAAUCAUCAAAAGACUAUCUACAGUCUUCCGCAGGACCCCGUGCAGACCGCAGAAAUGGGAAAAUCAUGUUAAAGGCCUUGUUGAUGAGAAGACGCUGAGGAGUAUCCAAUCGACCCUGGGUCUGACCUACGACAAGCUUGGUGCUACGGUUCGUUCGGGAAAGUACCCGAAGGCUCAUAUUAGAGAUCGGAUUCUGUGUCUCGACGGAAAACAGAGAGUUGCGGCAGCCAGGAGAAUAUUUGGGAAGGAUUCCUGGUGGACAGUAAAGCUUUACUUUGUUCCAGAAGCUCCAGCUGCCUCCGCUCGAAUUAUCCGUAAAUGGGUCUUGUACCGAUCCGAAGGAUAG